CUUGACGAGUUGUCAAUUUUCUUUCUGCAAUUUUAUUCGAAGUGGUCGGGAGCAACAUCAUUGUGAACCAAACAAAUAUURCACCAUGAUGUAGCUGACGGUAGGUCAACAAAAAAUGAAUAUAGGCUCUAGUUUGCUCAUUCUUUUGGAACUAGGAGCAGUAGUACAUGCGGCACUCAAUCUCUCAUCAUGGCUUUUGGUGUUCUUAUUGUUGCCCAGUGGUUUUUUGUUGUUGCCUUGAACCAAUGCAAUGUUAAUGGUCAAACUACCAAACCAAAACCAGUAGAUCCAGCGCUGUUACUAGCAAGAAACAGCGGUAAAAGUGUAACCUUGAAAACAAUUGCUGAAUUAAAGUCUCGGCUAAAUAAUGGCAUAUUCCCUGAUGACCAUAAGAUACUGGAGCGUACUGCGCUGGUCGAAUCAAAGUUCGGCACAGAUYCAAGAACWUUCAGAAGCGGUUAUCACGGAGGAAUAAUGCAGGUGGAUUACRUUGGCUUUCUAGAUACCCAAGAUGUGAAAAGCCAUSGYAAUUUACCAAAAGCGCAUWGGGAAAUUUCGAAGAAGUUUGGAAUCGACUGGGCAAAGGUCACGUGGAAGGACUUAGAAAAGCCUCUCUACUCUGUUCUCGCUGCAAGACUUCACUACUUGAACAGUCCWACAAAGAUCCCUAAUACAUUACUAGGACAAGCAAAGCUGUGGAAAAACCGUUACAACACAGUGCAAGGAGCUGGUACUGCUACAAAAUUUGUAAAGGAUGUCUUGACCCAUGGUUCCGGGGUGUCCAGUGCUGAUUUUGCAGGUAUUGGAAAUGCACAGAAAGGCAAGAAAAUAUUCGUUCAAAAAGGUGCUCAGUGUCAUUCAACUAGUUUGAAUCAUAAGCAAGGGCCGAACUUGGYUGGAAUUGUCGGCCGARAAGCCGGCACUGCUCCCGGUUACUCAUCCACCGAUGCGUUGAAAAACAGUGGAAUUACGUGGGAYGCAAGCACUUUAUACCAAUUCCUGAAAAAUCCAAAGCGGUUUAUCCCAGGCACAAAGAUGGUGUUCGCAGGAUUAAGGAAACACCAGGAACUGCUAGACUUGGUUGCUUAUCUUUGUACUAUUUAAGCUCAUAGCAUCCACUAUAGUUUUGUUGAAAUUCAAGUUGAAUUCAUGUGUGUCGGAUUGUCUUUGUAAAAGGUUUGUAAGAAAAUGUUAAUGAUAUAUGAGUUUCAUACAAGACCCARUGCACAUUUACCAAAUAAAGUCUUACUUUUUACUGUU